AUGAGCGAAGCCUCCUACUCCUCCGUCGAGAUCCUCGACACCGAAGACGGCGACCUCGACCUCCCCCUUACCGCCGACCAAAAGCUGCAGGCCAGCUCCCACCUUGACCACCUCAUCGACGCCACCACCGCGGCGUUCGAUGACGCCACCGAUGUGGAGUUGCAGCAGCUCUAUCCGGAGCGAGGGACGGGCGAGGUAUCGAAGAUGGGGCUAUGGGUGGGGCUGAUAGAGAGGGCGUUUGCGCUCGUUGGGGAUACGAAUGAGGGCCUGAGACGUGAGGUGGAAACCGCGGGCUUGUUGUCGAGAACGACGGAAGAGAUGGCGCAAAUUGUGGGGAGGGUGAGGGAGAGGGCGACGGAGGUGAGGAGGUUGGAGGUGGGUUUUAGGGCGCUGGUGGAGCCGGUGCCGUUGCCGAAUUAUUCGAGGUAUAGGAGUAAGGAUGCGUGGAGCGGGCUUCAGGUGAUGCAGGAUCUUCUGGAGCAGUGUGAUACGAAGAUGAGGAAUCUUCUGGCUGGAGGUGACGGACCCAUUAGUGGUUCUAUGGAUGGAUCGGAGAUCUAA